AUGCCAACAAGCCUCCAACUCCUGGCUCCACACUACCCUCCAGUUCAACGACAGCUCAACCAAAAACUACCACAGCACUGCCUAAAACUACUGUAGCGGCCAAAACAACCACUGUAGAGCCUAAAACUACUGUAGCGGCCAAAACAACAUCUGUACAACCUAAAACUACUGUAGCGGCCUAA